AUGGCCUCACAUGUGCAAGUCUUCUCCCCUCACACCCUUCAAUCAAGUGCCUUCUGUAGUGUGAAGAAACUGAAAGUGGAGCCGAGUUCCGCCUGGGACAUGACUGGGUACGGCUCCCACAGCAAAGUGUACAGCCAGAGCAAGAACAUCCCGCCUUCUCAGCCAGCCACCACAACCGUCAGCACCUCCUUGCCGAUCCCAAACCCAAGCCUACCUUACGAGCAGACCAUCAUCUUCCCAGGAAGCACCGGGCACAUAGUCGUAACAUCGGCAAGCAGCACUUCUGUCACCGGGCAAGUCCUCGGCGGACCACACAACCUGAUGCGUCGCAGCACUGUGAGCCUUCUCGAUACCUACCAAAAAUGUGGACUCAAGCGUAAGAGUGAGGAGAUUGAGAACACGAGCAGCGUGCAGAUCAUCGAAGAGCAUCCACCCAUGAUUCAGAAUAAUGCCAGUGGGGCCACUGUAGCCACUGCCACCACAUCGACUGCCACCUCCAAAAACAGUGGCUCCAACAGCGAGGGUGAUUACCAGCUGGUCCAGCAUGAGGUGCUGUGUUCCAUGACCAACACUUAUGAAGUUUUAGAAUUCCUGGGCCGAGGGACGUUUGGGCAAGUGGUCAAGUGCUGGAAACGGGGCACCAAUGAGAUCGUGGCCAUCAAAAUCCUGAAGAACCACCCGUCGUAUGCCCGGCAGGGUCAGAUCGAGGUGAGCAUCCUGGCCCGCUUGAGCACAGAGAGCGCCGACGACUACAACUUUGUCCGCGCCUACGAGUGUUUCCAGCACAAGAACCACACGUGCUUGGUCUUUGAGAUGUUGGAGCAGAACCUCUAUGACUUUCUGAAGCAGAACAAGUUCAGCCCCUUGCCCCUCAAGUACAUCCGCCCAGUCCUCCAGCAGGUAGCCACAGCCCUGAUGAAGCUGAAAAGCCUCGGUCUCAUCCAUGCCGACCUCAAACCGGAAAACAUCAUGCUGGUAGAUCCGUCUAGGCAGCCGUACAGAGUGAAGGUCAUCGACUUCGGUUCGGCCAGUCACGUGUCCAAGGCUGUGUGUUCCACCUACCUGCAGUCCAGAUACUACAGGGCCCCUGAAAUCAUCCUUGGUCUACCAUUUUGUGAGGCAAUUGAUAUGUGGUCCCUGGGCUGUGUCAUUGCUGAGCUUUUCCUGGGCUGGCCGCUCUAUCCAGGAGCUUCUGAGUAUGAUCAGAUUCGGUAUAUUUCACAAACACAGGGUCUGCCAGCUGAAUAUUUAUUAAGUGCAGGGACAAAGACAACUAGGUUUUUCAACCGUGACACAGAUUCACCGUAUCCUUUGUGGAGGCUGAAGACACCAGAUGACCAUGAAGCAGAGACGGGGAUUAAGUCGAAAGAAGCAAGAAAGUACAUUUUCAACUGUUUAGAUGAUAUGGCCCAGGUGAACAUGACAACGGAUUUGGAAGGGAGUGACAUGUUGGUGGAGAAGGCAGACCGGCGGGAGUUCAUCGACCUGUUAAAGAAGAUGCUGACCAUAGAUGCUGAUAAGAGAAUCACUCCAAUCGAAACCCUGAACCACCCCUUUGUCACCAUGACGCACCUACUCGAUUUUCCCCACAGCACACACGUCAAAUCAUGUUUCCAGAACAUGGAGAUUUGCAAGCGUCGGGUGAAUAUGUAUGACACCGUGAACCAGAGCAAGACCCCUUUCAUCACGCAUGUGGCCCCCAGCACGUCCACCAACCUGACCAUGACUUUCAACAACCAGCUGAACACUGUCCACAACCAGCCCUCAGCGGCGUCCAUGGCUGCAGUGGCCCAGCGGAGCCUGCCCCUGCAGACGGGAACAGCCCAGAUCUGUGCCCGGCCUGACCCCUUCCAGCAAGCUCUCAUCGUGUGUCCGCCCGGCUUCCAAGGGCUGCAGGCCUCUCCCUCUAAGCACGCUGGCUAUUCCGUGCGAAUGGAGAAUGCGGUUCCCCUCGUCACUCAAGCCCCGGGAGCACAGCCCCUUCAGAUCCAACCAGGUCUGCUGGCCCAGGCCUGGCCAAGUGGGACCCAGCAAAUCCUGCUUCCCCCAGCAUGGCAGCAGCUGACCGGAGUGGCCACCCACACAUCAGUGCAGCACGCGACUGUGAUUCCCGAGACCAUGGCAGGCACCCAGCAGUUGGCCGACUGGAGGAACACCCACGCUCACGGCAGCCAUUACAAUCCCAUCAUGCAGCAGCCUGCGCUAUUGACUGGUCAUGUGACCCUUCCAGCAGCCCAGCCCUUAAAUGUAGGCGUGGCCCACGUGAUGCGGCAGCAGCCAACCAGCACCACCUCCUCCCGGAAGAGUAAGCAGCACCAGUCCUCUGCAAGAAACGUCUCCACCUGUGAGGUGUCCUCCUCGCAGGCCAUCAGCUCCCCUCAGCGGUCCAAGCGCGUCAAGGAGAACACGCCUCCGCGCUGCGCCCUGGUGCACAGCAGUCCCGCCUGCAGCUCCUCCGUCACGUGCGGGUGGGGCGACGGGGCGUCCAGCACCACCAGGGAGCGGCAGCGGCAGACGAUCGUCAUUCCCGACACCCCCAGCCCCACGGUCAGCGUCAUCACCAUCAGCAGCGACACGGACGAGGAGGAGGAACAGAAGCAUGCGCCCACCAGCACUGUCUCCAAGCAGAGAAAAAACGUCAUCAGUUGCGUCACGGUCCACGACUCUCCCUACUCUGACUCCUCCAGCAACACCAGCCCCUACUCCGUGCAGCACCGCACUGGGCACCACGCCAACACCUUUGACACCAAGGGGAGCCUGGAGAAUCACUGCACUGGGAACCCCCGGACUAUCAUCGUGCCACCCCUAAAAACCCAGGCCAGCGAAGUGUUGGUGGAAUGUGAUAGCCUGGGGCCAGCUGUCAACACUGGCCAGCACUCGUCCUACAAGUCCAAGUCCUCCAGCAACGUGACCUCCACCAGCGGUCACUCUUCAGGGAGCUCGUCCGGAGCCAUCGCCUACCGGCAACAGCGGCCGGGACCGCAUUUCCAGCAGCAGCAGCCUCUCAAUCUCAGCCAGAGCCCCAGCCCCCUCGCGGCAGGACGCAUCCUGAGCGACCUCUGA